UUGCGAGCUAAAACCAAGGUCUCAGCAUUGCAGUCUAAUAUCUUUGGUAGCUGUAUCCACAGUCAUUGCGACCCUACAAUACCUAAGUAGUAAUACAGGUUAAUUCACUCGUUUCCGUGUUUUUGGUACGUAUUCCCAUGGUAUCGAAAAUAUAUCCCGAUUUAACCAACAAAAGGGAAUCACAAAAGUAUCAAUCCUUUCCAGCAUACCCAAUUGGUCCAGAGAGAUGGAAGUAAACAUGUGAUCUUGACAGCCUUAAGGUGACACUCCAAAAAAGCCUACAAGCUCAGAAAAAUUACUUGUCCACUCACUAUUGACAAAUGGAAUUGAUUACCACAAUACAUGAUUUAGGCCCCACAUAUUGAAUACUUCAAAAAAGUUAAAUACGGUGAAAAACUUCCAUUUCCAAGAUUAACACAGGGUUUUCUUCCUCCUUAUUUUUCCGAAGGUGAAACGGAAUUUUGGAUAUUGGACAACAGUAAUUAUGAGAGCGCGUCGAAUGAUGGUUUGUGUUACUGCCGGUAGGUUUGCUGUUGGAGUAGAAGUAGUGGACUGAGAUCAACCAGCAAUAAAAAACGAAAUAACAGUGGAACAAUAAAUUUGAUUCCAGUAAUUGACCCCCACAUGUCGAGUUAUUCUUUGUUAUAAGAGAAAAAGGUCAAGUUCUUAGACUGCUGUCAUGAGUUGUGGUUGUUACCAUUAAGAGUUUUAGUAGUUAACUGAAAUCCGUUAGGCCUACAAAUUAGAGUUAAGUUUGCCAUUACGAGUUGACACAUUAGUCAUACUGCAAUGCUUUACUACCCUCUCAUUUAUGAACUUAUGGAACUGAUGGUUGCGAUCUAGAAUAACAGUUGGAGGGUAGAAAUUUCUAGCUUCACUAAACACUUUAUUGCUCAACAGACCUUUCGGCGAGACAAUAAUUUAUGGACGAGACAAACAGAAGCUUAUUAGGGACUUCAAGGUCCCGGUGCCAAUUUCAGUGCCUGGUGACAGUUAAGCGUCUAUAAUAAACGGUAAUACUAAUAAGUUCCUUUAUUUGUAAUUGCAGUAAUCAAAUGACUUGUAGGCUUUAGGUAGACUACCAUGAUGUCCUUCGGCGUAAUAUAUGUUGGAGAAGACGUCUUCUAGGAUAAGAACUUUUUUCGCUCAAUGUAGAUUGAGACUAAGGCAAAUUAUAAUAAUUGCCACAAACUGUUUAAUAAAAGUACUGGUAACAUUAACUCCAUUAAUCGCAGAUGUUGUUGAAGCUCCGGCUGUUCAGUGGUAUGAGUAUUGUAGGAAUAUAUGCGUAAUGAAAAUGACAAAUUUACAUAUUCGGAGUACACAAAACAGUAUUGAAGCUAUGUGGUCGGUGCUGAGAGAGUUUUCGCGACUUUAUCAUGAUUAGCUUAUAUUUCUCAAGGUCACUUGCGAUUCGUUCAAAGGUCGUCCAUAAAUUAUAGUCUCGCCUACAUGAUUAGUCAACUUAAUCGCUGAAAUUGGACGAACAUAUUUAAGGACAUCUGGAACCAAUCUAUCUAACCCAGAUGCUUUUCCUCGUUUGAGAUUAGCUAUAGCCUUUAAAACUUCAACUAGAGUCGAGGGACCUACUUCAAUGUUCCAUCCAGACUGUUUGGGAAUGGUGGGUAACUGUAGUAUAGCUGAAGGCCAGCUAAACUGUUCUCUAAAGUGUUCCGCCCAUCGUUCUAAACGUCUGGGCUGAAAGCAGAUAAGCGUCUCGUCUUUUCCCGAGAUUGUCUCGCUUACAAUUGACUUCUUUAUUCCGGUUUCUUUCAUUAGUCUAAAGAGUUGUCUAGUGUUGCCUAUAGCCGCUGCCUUUUCCAUUUCUUUUUCUUUCGUUUCCCACCACUGCUGAUCGUUCCGUAGACUUUUGGUUAGCCUAGAACGGAUUUGCUUUCGCCCUUCAUCGCGUUUAGAACCUGAUGGGAUAGGUUUACGAGAAUCCAUCAGUGCAAUAGACUUGGAAGAAAUCCAUUGGUUUUCUGUAACCUUUUGGUUUAAAUUGCUAAUAGGUGUUACUGCUGUUUCUGCAUCUGUUCGUAUAUCUUUCCAAGCAACAUCUGGUUCAGCCUCGUUUUAUGAAUUGCCUAGAUGUGAACUCAGUUGUUCCUGGAACUUAGUUUUAGCUUUCUCUUCCCUCAGUUCAAUUCUAAUGGGUCUUCUUAGUGUAGUUUUUUUGCAUCCAGUGAGGCGCAAGUAAAUGUGUGCUCGUAUUAAGGCAUGGUCAGAGUCUAAACGUGUAUUCCAGAACGAGCGACAGUCUUCUUUUGAGGCUCUCCAACGAUGACUGAUGGCAAUAUGGUCUACUUCAGUCCAUUGUAAGUUAGGUGCAGGUGGUCGCCAUGUUAGUGGGAUGCCUCUCCUUAUGCUUAAAAUUAGUGUUUGCUAAAAGUAAACGAUUGUCUGAGCAUAGUUGCAACAGACGAUCACUAUUAUCUGUUCUCUAAACCGGAACACUAAAAUACCCACCUAAAUGUCUUUCUGUUUGGUUUAAGCUAUCUACUUGGGCGUUAAAGUCAUCUGCUACGAGUACUAUGUCUGAGCGUUUAGCUUUUUGAAGAAGUUUAGAGAGCUUUUUGUAAGAUUCAUCUUUCCAUCCGGGCUACAGUCAAUGGGUGCGUAGGCAGAAAAGGACGAAAGGGCGACGACGUGUGUCCCUAUCCUUCCGAGUUCUUACAGAGCCAUUUAGUCGAACAGCACAUAGGCGACUGUUAACAAAGAUCCACUCUAAUAGUGCUUGUCCUGCCCUCAUACUUAGUGCUAUGUCUACACCUGCCAGUCCACGGAAACUAGCCAUCGGGUCGCCGGAUACACGUAGAGUGUAUCUCGUCGGCUCUCCAUUUUGGCGAGCUGAGGUCAAGUGAAUGACCACACUAGUAUCCUGUAUGUGUGUUUCGGAGACACAGCAUACAUCAAUAGUACGAGAUUCUAGAGUUUUAGCCAAGGAGGCAUGCUGGCUGAUUUGACAUAGGGUGCGUACAUUGAAGGCUCCAAUGUGUAGUUUGUGGUGAGGUUUCAGUAAACCUGGGACAGUAUUUCGUGCACUAGAAUCAUUGACCAUAGUGACACUUGAGGAGGAAGCCGAAAGAGAAAGUUUAUUGCUGAAAGUCGAUGUGUGAGGAAUAAUGAGAAUUGAAGAAGGAGAUUAUGAAUACAAUGAUCUUGAGUGCUGUUAGAUGUAUAAGGGCUGUUACCAUUUCUCCAUCGCGCACACCCUGGAAGGGUUCUUAUAGAGAUGCAGUGAUGCAGUUGCCAGCAUUAUCCCAAAGUUCAAUCAUGACCCCGAACGUGGAAAUACCUUCCACACGGCAAUGAUUGUUACUUGCAACCACUUAAAUUCAACCAAUGUGAGUUCAGAGUUCACAUUAUUGUUCCAUUUGUUUCUUUUUCCACUUUGCACUACAUCUUUGGUCGGAGCGAAGGUAUGUGGGUCCAUCACAGCGAUGUUUAGUUCGGGCUAUUUGAUUUCAUUCUCUAAUGCGAACAUAAAAAAAUCAUUUUAAAAGCCCUGAAACAAUAACUAAACGUCAAAAAUAUAAAUUGGUACACGAGUGGACUGUUUAAUCAACUCAGUGCUAACCAACCGGAAAUUCUUUUUCUUCACUCACAAAAACUAUUGCUCUUACGACACUAACAGUAGUUUUUCAACGUUAAAACAACUGAGACCACACUGUACUUGACAAGUAAAAACAUCACAGUUGCUUUGGGAAGGUAUUUUAGGUUUUACUAAAAUUUGUCAUGGAGUAGCUUUUAAAUUACGUGAGGGAAUCAUACCUUACCUGAUUAUCUAUUAACAUUUGCAUUUCAGAUCCACUGGUCUAAGAAAGUAAAUCAUUUUCAAUUUCUUAGACAAGAAAAUGAAACAUGGAGUCGGCAACUAUAAGAAGUCAAUUAAUGGUACUUUUUGACAAUUUAAAAAGUAUUCAACCGAGUGAACGAGAUAAUUUAAUAGCGUUUAUGAAAAAAAAUUUAUCACAACUGCAAGAGAAUAAUGAAAGAAGCGAUGUGUACCAGGGUAGCAUUAUCAGCAAUGACAACUAUCUUUGUUGUAGUGGAAAUGUGGAUAAUACCACUACUACUAUUAUUACCGCUACUACUUCUAAUGUUAGCUUAACUAGCAGCUCUUCAGUGUAUGCGAAUGUAAAAUCUUCAGAAUUAUAUGACUUAAAUAUCAAUGUAGACAGUCUGCAGCUAUCGUUUGAAGCAACUCCUGAAUCAGUAGUCGAUGAAGGGAAUGAUUUUCCUACACUAACAAUACAACACAAUACUACUAGCCUAACAGGUCAUAAUUGUUCAGAAGCAAUCUAUGUAAACGAAUGUUUGCCCAUGGCUACAAAUGCGCCAACAUCUAAUUGCUCAAAUUUGAAUAAUGAAUCAAAUUUUCAUGAAACGCUUCAAAAACAAAAUCCUAUCCCAUUAGACAGUAAUGUAACCGACAAUAAUCAUACAUCAAAUUCCAUCAUAAAUUAUGAAGGACCCAAUUAUGAAACCUAUUUGAAUUGUCCAUUAUGUCGAGUUACAUUUGAAAAUUGGCCAAAUUUAGAAUAUCAUCUAUGUAAUGAACACACAACAAAUAAUGUAGCACCUGUAUGCUGGCGAUGUCAAGGUGUAUUCAAAAAUCAUGCUGUUCUUCUAGCACAUGAAUGUUUUGAUUGGGGUCGACUAUAUUUACCUUGUACAGUACAUAUGAAUAAAUCAUUGAAAAGUUUUCGUAAAUUUUCAAAAAUCGAUUUAGAAAGGAAACAAUUUCCGAUGGAUGGCGUGUUUUUAAGUAGACGUUGUGGAUUAUGCUAUAAAUCAAAUGUUACAUUCACAUCGUAUGAUGCAUUUGAAAAACAUAAAUCAUCUUCACAUUCUACCACAGGGAGAGAUGGCGGUUAUGAACCUCCCACUUCUCGCACACUAACAACAUCAACUCGUAAAAAAAUACAAUCAUUAAAGUGCAAUUCACCAUCAGAUGAACAUCCAUCAUCCGAUGUAGCUAUCCGUAGUGUAGUACGUAAUCUAACCGAACAUUUCUAUGCAUUAAAUUAUUAUCAAGAAGGACGGAAACGACGUGAAGGUGGGAGAAGAGCCGUUUUAGAUAAUAAUCAUAAUUCAACCGAAGAUAGUAUAAACCAUACAAAAACUAUGUCAGAAAUAACAACGACAGAAGAUAAUCCUAUCACCAGUACAACUACUACCAAUGCCACUGCUGUAGAUGUCAUCUCUACUAUCACUAACACAAAAGAUGUGGGAGAAAAAGAGACGACACUUACUUCGUUGGAUAUUAGUAACGGCAAUAAUGAUAAUGAUAAUAAUAAUAAUAAUAAUAAUAAUAAUAAUAAUAACAAUAAUGAUAGUGAACAAAAUAAAAAGUCACUAAAUAACUGUAGUCCAUCAACAUUCUUAACUAGUCUACUGGUCGCUCAACGGGUUAAACAUAAUCUAACAUUGAAAAAUAAACGUGCUCGUCGGUUAAAAGCAGUUGCUUUUGAAUGUGAUUCCAUUGAAAAACAUGUAACUGGUGAAGUUGAUGAUCAUUUGAGUACAACAACGGCACUAUCUUGUGAUGUUCCUCCUUCCCCAUCGAUUGGUAGCCAUAUGUCCGAAGGCGAAAUCCAAUUUUUUCGUAACAGACGAAGCUCAUGGUUGCAUUGUUAUAAGAACACUAGACGUUUAAAAUUACAAUUGAAACGCAAAAUGACAAUUGCUGGUCGUCAGAGAGUCAGUGCUUCGACAUUGUUUACUAAUAAUGCAAUUAAAAUUCGACGAUUUAUUUGUAAUCAUUGUUCAGCAGUUUUCCGAUUAUCAUCAAGAUUGCGCGCACACUAUUUAUUUCAACAUGGUCAUAUCCCAGAAUGCCUUGGAGGCUUAUCACCGAGACCAAAUGAAAUUUCAUUCCAUAAGCGACGGAAUAUUAGCCGCAGUCGUAGUAGUAGCAGUAUUAAUAAUAAUGAUGACAGUAAUAGUAGAAUUAUUCAUAUACCAGAUUGUGCAACGUCUCAAGAAUCAUCAUUACAUAACAGUGAGAAUAUGAGUCCAUAUUUGAAGAUUACUACUUCCACUACUACUUUGACAAUGACGACGCCGACGACAGUCACUUCCACCUUUGUGUUGUCAAGUAUCCCGAAUGAAUCCAGUAGCCUUCCUCCUUCAGGAUUGUUCACAAGAUUAAGGAAACGUAAAGCUGUUAGGGAUAAUAACAGUAUAACUAUGAAUGCUUCCAUUCAGAAUGCAAAACGGAUUAAGAAACAGACCAAUGAUAUUAUUACAAAUACUAUGAGUAAUAAUAAUCAUAAUAAUGAGAAUGAAAUUACAGGCUUAUUACAUGAAAAUUUCCGAAUUAAUGAAAUAGAUGAACAAUUAAUUUCUAAAUCAACAUUACUAUAUAAACAACGUUAUUGUACUGAAUGUAAUUGUACAUUUAAAAGUGCCUAUAAUUUAAAACGUCAUCAAAAAAUUGUACAUUUACAUGAAUAUCGUUAUUUUUGUGGUUAUUGUGAAUUUCGUACUGGUGAACGUUUAGCUUAUGAAGAACAUUUAGCAAGACAUUUUUGUGUUAAACAAUUUAUUUGUGAAAUAUGUAAUGCACGUUUUACAAACAAACAUGAAUUAGAUGAUCAUAGAGCAUUUAAACAUUCGAAUGAACGAAAUUUUGCCUGUACUGAAUGUGAUCAAAGAUUCAAGACUGCGGGUACACUAUGGCGACACAAAAAAACACAUGAGAAACGUGUUUAUCAUUUAUGUCCAAUAUGUUCAACAUCAUUUACGCGUUUGUCAAAUUUAAAUCGUCAUCUCUUACGAACACAUAAACUAAAACACUAUCACCAAUCAAUUAAUAACCACGAUGAAUUACUUAUGAUGGAUUCCACUAAGAAAUUAUCAACAAGUCAACGUAGCAGUUCAUUGAAUAAUAAGCAAAAAAGGACCAAAAGUUGUCAACCAUGUAACAAAGUAUCAAGUAACAUAAAUAAUCAUGAAACUAGUCUUUUGAAUCAAAAUCAUGUAUCAUCAUGUCAACAAACAGUUGAACAGGUUAUUCCUGUUGAAAUCAUUACGCCACAUUUACCUGGAUCUGACCUGUCGUCAAAUCACCAAACCUUGAUGAACAUUAUUCCUGAUCAGGAUUCGAGAUCUUCCAACAUAAUCAAUAUUUCUGAUCAUAUCGAUAAAAGUAUUUUAAUCAGUCCUACUAUUUCAACUUCAUGUUCUGACACGUCAUCAUCAUCAUUGCCAUCAAACAUACCAAAAAUAUUGCCAACACAAGAUCACGUCAUUGUGACAACAGAAGGUUCUGUUAUUCCAACUGAUACCUCUGGAUAUCAAGCAGUUGAUCUUGAUAAUAAUUCUACUGUAUUUAUGUUGAAUUUUAGUGAUUUGGAUGCAAAUAGUCGUGCGUUUUUUGAACCCACCGAUGUACUUAGUGACAGCCAUGAUAAUCUUCAACACAAAAUGAUGAUAGCAGUUCGUGAUCCUGUUUAUGAACAAGCAACAGCGUUUCCAACUUCCUUAGUUGUUUCUUCUUCCUCAUCAUCUUUGUCCAAUGGGAUGCUAACUUCUUCAACAUUGUCGUCAUCGCCAAAAGUAGCUGGAACCACAAUAACUUUACAGUCGAACUUAUUGUUACCGAUUCAAUUGACUACUAAUUCAUUUUCUGCGAUAACCACAUCAUCGAUAAGUCAUAAUACCAAUGUCAACCCUGAUGUGAUCACAAAUAAUAAUGAUACUAACUCUUGGUCUACAAUGAUAUCACGUCAACUAGAACCUAGUCUAUGUUAUUUAAUUACAGCUACUGAAACGAUUGAAAAUGGUGUUUUAUGCAGUCACAGUAAUGAUGCCACAAGUACAGUUGCCAUAACUACCACUGCUUCUACUACUACUACUACUACCACUAAUAAUAAUUUUAAUAGUAAUAAUGAUAACAACAGUAAUCCUACUCAAAUCAAUGAUAAUCUUAGUCAUGAUUCAGAUGUCACUGGCCUGAAUGUUGAUAAUAAUGAUGACAUUGUUAAUGGUAUGAAUAUUGUGGAAGAUACACCUCAGUCAAUAUCGUCUGUUGAUAUUUUAAAUUCGCUUCACACAGAUAUGGUAGAUAAUAUGAUGAAUGGGACAGUAUUGAAAAUUGGUUCUCAGUCUCCACAGUUGUCAUUGGCCAAUAGUAAUUGUAUUUUCUAUGAAACACGCUGUUCGUCAACUUUAACAACCACACAUUCUUCUUCGGUUCAUGUACCAGCUUCAUCUUCCUCGUCUUGUCCUAACUCAUCUUCAUUGUCAUCUACAUCAAUCAACCAGUCGACAUCAAUAUGGCGUCCCGUUGACUGUGAAACACCAAUGUUGAAUAAACAAGAAAAUCGUCCGUUUCAAGCUCAUAUCAAUCCACAUUGCUCCACAAUUAAUACGGCUAAUAAUACCCAUAACAAUAAUCCUACUAAUAACCAUAAUGCAACAUCAGUCCUCUUCACCGGUGAUGACGGCGAUGCCUAUCCUGUGGAAUAUUAUGACCAGCGAUAUCAUCAGAUUCAACAUGUGUUUCCACUUAUGUCCAAAGCACAUGAUAGUUUCAUUUACGACGGUAGUAACCAUGGUGGCGAUGAUGAUGUUGAUGACGAUGAUGGGGAAGAGGCGGAAGAAGAGGAUAGUGACUACGCUGGUUUGGCAAACAAUCAUGUUUCUACUAACAAUCUAACUAUCAGUAAUAACAACAAAGCCCAUCAAAUAACGACAAGUUUACUAGAUACUAGCGUAAUGCUCUCAUGGAAUCCAACAAAUGAUAACAAUAAUAAUCAUUCGACAGAAUUCCUAGAUUAUCCUCAUUAUUCUCCGAAAUUUCCAUCACCAGAUUCUAACAAUUUGUCUCCUUCAUCAAUUCAUCUUGAUCGACAACAACAUCAACAACCGUUUGAAUUGUUAAAUUUUCCACAGUCUCGUCAUGAUCAGAUAAUAUCAAAUCCGGUAACAAGUAUUACUGGAGUUCUCUCUCCUAGCUCUUUGUUAUCGCCAUCGUCAUCUAUAUCGACACCAACACCAUCAUCAUCGUCGUCUCUGUUAUAUGAAAACAACUUCAAUGAUUGUGCUAACUUCUUAGGACAAUUCUAUCAUCACAACACAUCUAUCAGUAAUAUCAAUCUAUCUUACAAGAAUAGUUAUAAUACUCUAAGUAAUACACCGAAUAUCAUGAAUAAUAUAGAAAAUACUUGUUAUUCUGCUGCUCAGUUAAAUGACCAUGAUGAAAUUCCAGAUGUUACGGAUCAAUGUUCUAAUUUUUCUGUUGGAUAUUUAAUUGGUCAUUCAAAUAUGCCUCCGUCCUCAUCACCAUCGUCAUCUAUAGCAUCGCCCUCUUCCAGAUGUCUACUGUUACAAACAGGAGAAAAGACAGAAAUUAUAUCGUCGAUUUGUCAAUCUUCUAACUCUACGUCUAGUCUAAUUACCGGUAACAUAUAUAACUUAAAUUCUCCACAAUUACCUCUCCCAUUGUCUGAUCAUUGUAACCUCGCCCAACAACAACAACAACAACAACAACAGCAACAUGAUCAUACGUCAAUAUCACAGUUGAGUUUCCCGAAAGAGUCUAUCGAUUAUGAAUUUGUUAUAUAAUAAUUAUAACAACAACUAAUUUAUCUGUAUAGAAAGAUGAUAAGUUCAAAUAGACUUGUAAAGAAAAGAAAUAUAUGAAACUGUAUUUUCUUUUGCUGAACUUAUUUAUCAUAUUUACAAAUAGAAUUUUACUUAUGUAUGUAAUUUAUUAUUUCAUGUGAAUUCUACGGGAUGGGGUCACUAACCCCCCCCAUGCCCAACCCUUUUCCUUUACCCGGGUUCGAAACCGGCAGUAACUCUAGAAGAGUUACAGGCAGAGUUUAUAAUUUCAUGUACAUAAUCAUUUUCUUUUUUUUAAUUUUUAUUCAAUUAUAAUUCAUUGUUCUAUUUUGAUUUUAUGUUAUCAUUAAGUGAUUGAUAAUGAGAAGUACAAAACAUAAUGUACUUUUAUCAUUGGUUUUUUUAAUGAUACAUUAAUAUGUCCUCAAGAGUCAGACUAAUCAGAUGCU